CGUGCAAUUUCGUGCGUGUGACCGUGCGUGUCGCGCUGCCACUUCUAAUAAUAGAGGAGGGAGGCUACCUUCUCCUUUGAGAGCCUACUUGUUGCUUACGCUAAUAAGAAAAUAGCAACAUUAUGGUUAUCAAAGUGUUCCUCGCCACCUCAUCAGGAUCCACGGCGAUCAAGAAGAAGCAACAAGAUGUGGUGGGAUUCCUGGAAGCACUGAAGGUGGACUACACUCAGCUGGACAUUGCCUGCAACGAGGAGAACCGCAAAUGGAUGAGGCAGAAUGUACCAGAGGAGAAGAAACCCUCAAAUGGCAUCCCAUUGCCCCCUCAGAUCUUCAAUGAAGAAAGCUACUGUGGGGACUAUGAAACAUUCUUUGAUGCCAAGGAAGACAACUCUGUUUAUGCCUUCCUGGGGUUGGCCCCUCCUCCAGGUUCAAAGGAAGCACUUCAGGCUGACAAGGAGGAACACAUUUUGGAGAAUGGUACUCACACUGACGACACCAAUGAAGAGGGAACCCAAAAUGACUCAAUAGAAGUUCCAGAGGUAGAUCGUAACGGGGACGCACAUGGAGACGAGGAGGAGACGCAGGAAGGAGAAGGUUGCGAGGAGGAAGAUAUAGCAGAGCCUGAGGAAAAUGAAGUCACGGAAGGAGGAGAAGCUGAAGAACCCGAAGAUACAGGUCAUGCAGAGGAAGACGAAGAACAGGAGGAGGAGGAGCUACGACAGCUUGAGGAGGAAGAAGAGCCUGACGUAGAAGAGGAAGAAGAAGAAGAAACACAGGAAGAAGAGGCUGAAUAGUUGAGGGAAGGAAACAACAUACUGACGCCCUCCCAUUUUAGCCUGAAGGAGCAUCCUGUGACAUCUGUCCCUGACCCCUGACCAUUGACCACUUCGACUCCUUUAGGCAGCGUCUCAACUCUUCCCCCAAGGCAGCGCUGCACCCGCCUUGGAAAAAAAACAGAAAACACAAAACACUGGUCAUGUGCUUGAAGUUGUCAAGUGAAAAGUCAUCAUCGCCUUUUCUUUUGACCACAACAAUGGAUUGAAUUUUUAUAUUUCACAUUUCGACACUUACUGUUGGCCUAACAAAUAUGUGCAGUGUAGCAUAGUGCUGCAAAUUAUGUCUUUAAUGCUACUUUGACAAACAUUUUAUAUGUUUACAUGUAAAGACAAAAAUUCACACUGGUAUACAUUUUCUUGUUAUCUCAAGUUCUGUUUAGGGAUUUAGACUUUCUCCCGCGACUUAUUUUAUUUUUCAGUUUUACCAACACAACACACAGCUACAUGGAUACUACACACUAAGAUUUCUAAUGAGGAAGCCAUGAGCACAUGCUGAAAGACUACAAGCUACUCCGCCACUUCAAUGACCACUGUUGUCGGAAACAAUGCACUUUGUUAAAAACCAAUAUGUGACUAAGACAUGAAUGCGAUGCAACUGCAAUAAAGUGGUUUGAAAAAACAU